GACCCUGAAGGUAAAGGACGAUGGAGCCGGUUGCAUUUCUUCGUGAUAAACAUGUGAAAUUUUUCACUCGCUGUUUACAGGUUCUUCCAGACAAAUAUGCAGCACUUGACACAAGCAGGAUGACAGUUGCAUUUUUUGCCUUGUCAGGACUAGAUAUAUUGAAUGCUCUUCAUAUAAUUGAAAAAGAUAAAAAUGAUAUAAUAGAAUGGAUCUAUUCAUUACAAGUUCUUCCAGAUGAAACAGAAUCAAACUUGGACAAAUGUGGGUUCAGAGGCUCUUCUACCAUUGGAAUUCCCUAUAAUACUGAAGAUAAGCCCAUAACGACAGCAAUACCAUAUGAUGGUGGUCACAUAGCAAUGACCUAUACUGCUCUGGCUAGUUUGAUUAUCCUUGGUGACAAUCUCUCCAGAGUGAACAAGAGGGCAGUCUUAGCUGGUUUAAGAUCCCUACAGCUGGAAGAUGGGAGUUUUUGUGCAACCUCAGGAGGCAGUGAAAAUGACAUGAGGUUUGUUUUCUGUGCCUCUUGUAUAAGUUACAUGAUGGAUGACUGGAGUGGAAUGGACCAGGAAAAAGCUGUGGAAUAUAUUAAAAAAAGUUAUAGCUAUGAAGGAGGUUUAUCUCAAGGACCACAUCUAGAAGCACAUGGUGGAUCUACUUUUUGUGCAAUUGCUUCACUGGUCCUCAUGAACAGGUUACAUAGCACAUUUACUCCGUCUCAAAUAGAGAAACUUAAAAGGUGGUGUAUAUUUAGGCAACAGUCAGGUUUCCAAGGAAGACCAAAUAAACCAGUAGACACUUGCUACUCAUUCUGGGUGGGAGCCACACUCCAACUUUUAGAUAUUUAUUCUAUGGUGGAUAAAGCUUGUAACAGGGGAUUCAUCUUAGAAACUCAGGAUAAUAUUGUUGGAGGGUUUGCUAAGUGGCCAGAUCAUACUCCAGAUGCUUUGCAUGCCUACUUUGGUGUCUGUGGACUGUCACUGAUGUCUGAGCCAGGUUUGCUCCCAAUGCAUGCUGCGUUAAAUGUCAGCACUAGGGCUGUGGAACACUUGCAUCAACUCCAUGAAAAGAACAAGCAAACGUGACAACAUCUGUUGCAUAUAAUAAAAAAAUGUUGUCUGGGGACAUUUAAGAUGUAUCACUGCUGAUAUCAAGUGCAAGCUUAGUAUAUACAGGCAUUGGUGUGAAUUGAAAAAUCUGUUUCAUACACAAAUACUUAUGUAUGUCUAGGGUUUGCAGAAUUUUUUUUUUUACUUGUGACCUUAGCAUUAAAAUUUAAGUAUUUGAUGUUAAAAAAAGCAUGGAAUUGCAAUCAGAAUGGUAUUUUUAAAAAGAUGUUCAAGUGUUGAAGUAUCUUAUUUUACAGAAAAAAAACCUUUUUUAUUUAGUAUUUGGGAUUCUGAAUUGCUCAUAGCUAAGGUAAAGGAAUAAAAAAAAAAAAAAACCUGCACUUGCACCUGUAAAAUUAUCAACACUUCAAUCCUUUGUCAGAUUGUUGACUUUCAAUGAAAGUCACAGUGUGCCGUUUGGAAUUAGUUCUUGAUGGACCAGGUUGCUUGGUAACAGCCUGUCUGUAAAAGAAGUUUUGCAAAAUAUAAAUUGUAACUGUAUCUAAUAUUACACAAACUUCUGGCCUAAUUGUGCAGUUUAUUGAUAAAGUUGACUGUAAAAUGGCAGCAUAUGGUAUUAAAAUCAAGAGUUAUUUUAGGGUGCAGCACUUAUUAAUGUACCACUGUGUCAAUUGUUGUAAGAUGUUAUAUAUUAAUGGAUUAUGCUACUUAUAGAUGGAGUCAAUUAUGUGAUAACUUGUCAAUUUAUUAUACUGGGACAUUCAUUCUAUGUAAUUAAAGGCAUUUUGUUGCAUUUGAAAAUGUCCCUAGGUCAUGUUUUUAUCUAUGCAAAGCUCAUAUUUUUUCCAAUUCAAUACUAAAAAAAAUUUGAAGCAUACUUGUCAUUAUUUCCUUCUUAGUACAUCCUUGCAAGGUCCAAGCUAUGGCAUCUUACCAUCUCCCGUAAAAGUGCUCCGUUUUCUUGUGUUAAUAAGUGAAAAUGAGGCCAUUAUCUAUUCUGCACAGUCUGCCCGAGUAUCAGGAAGGUGGACAUUGUUCUAAAUGUUAUGGUACACAUUUUGAACUAAUUAAAAAGAAAAAAAAAUUAAAAUCCAAUCCAAGUGCAGGGGCAGAUUAGCGUUUUGUGAGUAGAAGAAAAUUACUU